UCUGGAGCCUAGCAGCCUGGCAACAGCGGUGGCUCCUGGAGCAAGAGGUGGGUGCACGUUCCUGUCUGGCCUGGCAAGGACCCAGGCGUUGCAGGAACCCAGGACAGGAGGGUCUGAAGGAAGAAUUUCCAGGAUGGCUUCUGCAUCAAAAUCUAAGUAUAAUUCACACCCCCUGGAGAAUGAAUCCAUUAACAUGGUAUCUCAAGAUGGAGUCAGUCAAGAUCUCAGUGAGAAUGUUCCUCACCUCCCAGGGGAAAGAGGAAUUACUGACAAAGAAGUUAUUUACAUAUGUCCUUUCAACGGUCCCAUUAAGGGAAGAGUUUACAUCACAAAUUAUCGUCUUUAUUUAAGAAGUUUGGAAAUGGAUUCUGCUCUAAUACUUGAUGUUCCUCUGGGUGUGAUAUCAAGAAUUGAAAAAAUGGGAGGCGCUACAAGUAGAGGAGAAAAUUCCUAUGGUCUAGAUAUUACUUGUAAAGAUUUGAGAAACCUGAGGUUCGCAUUGAAGCAGGAAGGCCACAGCAGAAGAGAUAUGUUUGAGAUCCUCACAAAACAUGCCUUUCCUCUGGCACACAAUCUGCCAUUAUUUGCAUUUGAAAAUGAAGAGAAGUUUAAUGUGGAUGGGUGGACUGUUUAUAAUCCAGUUGAAGAGUACAGAAGGCAGGGCCUGCCCAAUCACCAUUGGAGGAUAACUUUUAUUAAUAAGUUCUAUGAACUCUGUGACACAUACCCUGCUGUUUUGGUGGUUCCCUAUCGGGCCUCAGAUGAUGACCUCAGGAGAGUUGCGACUUUCAGAUCCCGAAAUCGGAUUCCUGUACUAUCAUGGAUUCAUCCAGAAAACAAGAUGGUCAUUAUGCGCUGCAGUCAGCCUCUUGUCGGCAUGAGUGGUAAAAAGAACAAGGAUGAUGAGAGAUAUCUGGAUGUAAUCAGGGAAACUAACCGACAAACUUCUAAGCUCACGAUUUUUGAUGCACGACCCAGUGUAAAUGCAGUGGCCAACAAGGCAACAGGAGGAGGAUAUGAAAGUGAUGAUGCAUAUCAUAACACGGAACUUUCUUUCUUAGACAUUCAUAAUAUUCAUGUUAUGCGUGAAUCUUUAAAAAAAGUGAAAGACAUUGUUUAUCCCAACAUAGAAGAAUCUCAUUGGUUGUCCAGUUUGGAGUCUACUCACUGGUUAGAACAUAUCAAGCUUGUACUGACAGGUGCCAUUCAAGUUGCAGACAAAGUUUCUUCAGGGAAGAGCUCAGUUCUUGUGCACUGCAGUGAUGGAUGGGACAGGACUGCUCAGCUGACAUCCCUGGCCAUGCUGAUGCUGGACAGUUUCUAUAGGAGUAUUGAAGGUUUUGAGAUAUUGGUACAGAAAGAGUGGAUAAGUUUUGGACAUAAAUUCGCAUCUAGAAUUGGUCAUGGUGAUAAAAACUAUGCUGAUGCUGACCGAUCUCCUAUUUUUCUUCAGUUUAUUGACUGUGUGUGGCAGAUGUCAAAACAGUUCCCCACAGCUUUUGAGUUCAAUGAACACUUUCUGAUUACGAUUUUGGAUCAUCUGUAUAGCUGUCGAUUUGGUACUUUCUUAUUCAAUUGUGAACUGGCUCGAGAAAGACAGAAACUUACAGAAAGAACAGUUUCUGUAUGGUCGCUAAUUAACAGCAAUAAAGACAAAUUCAAAAACCCUUUCUAUACAAAAGAAAUCAAUCGGGUUUUAUAUCCAGUUGCCAGUAUGCGCCAUUUGGAACUGUGGGUGAAUUAUUACAUUCGAUGGAAUCCCAGAAUCAAACAACAAUCUGUGUCCCACCCCCUAUCCCAUGGCCUGCUGCUACUCUCAUUCAGGCAGCCCAACCCACUGGAGCAGCGUUACAUGGAGCUCUUGGCCUUGCAUGAUGAUUAUAUAAAGAGGCUUGAGGAAUUACAGGUCGCCAACUCCACCAAGCUUUGUGAUCCCUCCACCUCGCCUUCCAGUCCUUCGGAGAUGAUGCCUCAUGUGCAAACUCACUUCUGAGGGAGUCUCUAGAUAAGUGAAAUAGUUGACUCUCAUUUGGAGCAUGUGUACAAGUAAAUUGAAAGUAUCUGCCUCCAUUUAGAACCUGAACUAACAUUUUAGACCCUUAAGUAUGUGCCUUCUAUAAUAUAUAUAUUACAAGGAAUCUACAGUGUCUGUGUGACAAUCAAAAGAAAAGAGUCUGGAGGGGGUUCUGGAAAAUCCUCACACUUUUCUACAAAGCACUUUUGUGAAGAUAAAAGUUAAAUUUAAUUUACCUCUAUAUAAAUGCUACAUGUACAGUAUGUAUUUUGUGAGCUUAAUUGAAACAUUAUUUUAAAUCCAGGAGGGAUAUAUGUUUGUAAAAUGGAUUUUCAUCCAGCUGCUUACAACAGUUGCUUUGGAUUAUCUAAAAUGAAUCCAAAUGUGAAAGAUGGAUGUUACUGCCAAAGCCAAAUUGCACUCUGCUUCCUUGACAGAUUCUAAGAGCAAGGUGUUUAAAUAAUUGCCAAUUUUUAUACCACUAUAAGUGGUAAUAUAAGGAAAAAAAUAUGAGCAUUUCACCAUUUUGAAUUUUUGAAAAUAAAAGGUUCUCCCAUCAUUUUUAGAAGAAGCAUAUUUUUAUAUUUAAAAAGCGAUGUGGUUUAAUUUUUCUCAACAUUGUCAGCCUUGCUUUCUAAAUUAUUCUUUGAGCUUGUCUAACACUGAGUCAUACUCAGAUUGAGGCAAACCCCAUUUAUAGCACUGUGUGAGGAUUUUGGCUGCCUCCUGCUGCUUGGGUGAAUAUUUUCGCAAACAUGCCUCCAGUCAGUGCAGCUUAUCUGCCAAAGUGUUGAGUCACCUUCUUGGAUGGAUGAGCUAUGACUAGAGCAUCUUUCUUUAAAAUAAUGCUCCAGGUGUAUAUCUUUUUAGUGCAUUCUUGAAAGUAUUCUGUUUAUGUAUCUCUGUUUAAAUGGUGUUGGAUUCCCCUCUCCCAUGUGCGUGCAUUAAAUACUUGUUCUGCACGUUAUUACUUGAAGUAUUAAGCAAUUUGCUUUUUCAGGUUUUUUUUCUUUCUUUUUUUGUAGUGUGAAGUGAGAUUUUAAGCGCACAGUUCUAUUUGAUAUCUGAACUAAUUUAGUAAAUAUAUUUGUAAAAGCUAAAGCUAGAGUUAAAGCAAUUAAUGUUUUACAGUGAGUUGUAAAGGAUUAUUUAUAGCUAAUAUGGCUUUGUUUUCAGUGAAUUAAAAGAGAUUAAAUUUAUCUUUGUAAAUAUUUUAUGUCAUAGCUUAAUGGCCUUCCAAAUAAGACAUCUUGAACAUAAUAUAAUGUAUGGAUUUUUUUAAGUAUAAAAAUUAUUAGAUAUCUUUUGCUUUUUGUAAUUGCUGUAAAUAUUUCAUAAAUUUAAAAAGUGUCACUCUAUAAAAAUAAAAAAGCUAACACUAAUAGUUCAAAAGACCUCGUGAAAUUUCAUGAAAAAAUUUUCAUGGCAAUAACUAUUAAAGACAUGCUGUAAUAAAUAUAUUAACUAAAACCUAACAGUA